AUGACAGCCGCCGUAAUAGUAGCAGUAGUAGUAGCAGCAGCAGCAGCAGCAGCAGCAGCAGCAGCAGCAGCAGCAGCAGUAGUAGCAGUAGCAGUAGCACCAUCGCAGACAGACGAUAUCAAGCGCCAGUUCUCAUCGCACGAUAACCCCCAAACUCCCUCCUACCUUCAGUCCAUCUCCCCGCCCCCGCAGACAGAAAUUAAGCACCCCUACCUACACUAA